UUGAUCUAAGAGAUUACACGGGUCAACAUACCGCGUGAUACACCAAGGUGCGUCGCUUGUCGGACUUCACCCACGUGUAAGCUAAUUCUUAGCCUAGGACGUUUCCGGUGUCCGCCCACACUUUUCAGGCAUAUAUAUAUAGUAAACCAACUCAAAUCACCCUCUCUUUCGCAUUCGAGCUGAGCUAUCGAGUCUGGACUAUAUCACUUAUUCUUUCUCCUAGAGGAAUACCUGGUGCCUCCCUCAGGUGUCUGCCUAUUUAUCGGAUUACUUAUCUGCCUAUUUGCCUACUGGCCUAUCUAUGUGCUUAGUGCUAAUCAGCGCUGCACUUGCCUAGUUGCCAUCAAGAAUCACCUAUUGCCUAGUUAUUGGAUCAACGAUCUAUUUACCUGCAGUUGUGCUUAGUGCUAUUCAGCGCUGCAUUUGCCUGCGGAGAUCUACUCAACUCUACCACUUGGCGCUAUCGGCAUUGCCCGCCUAUUCGACAGCCCACCUGUCAAGCUAUUAGGUGCGACGUCCCUAUAGAUCAGCUCUGUGUGAGACGUCAUAGCUACGCCAACCCUCUGCAACUCACUGGACAUAUCCUGUCAACCACGCUGCCCACGGCAGAUCAGCUCUGCCCGCAGUAACCUUGUGCCCACGGUAUCCGGCCACCCGCCAUACUGUGCCCACUACAGAUACUAGAACUUGGGACUGAGACUCCACAAGAGCUAUAUCGCCGGCGUCCCUCUAUCCGCUAGAGCGCCACCUCCAGCUGCAGAACCUCAAGCCAGGACACAGCCAGCUGCGACAUCAACAGGAAAACCAGCUAAGUCGGAGGACAAAGUGACAUACUCUCUUAUUAUGUGUAAGAGUGAUGAUUAAACAUAGAAUAUACUAGAGAUAGAUGCAAACCCUCCCCCUUUUUAUUAUUAUAUGUAUAUUUAUGUAAAUAAAUAUCCUUUAUUUUAACUUUUGUAUCUAUCUUUCAUUGCUUUGUCUCGUUGCGUGUCUGCUCCCGAUUCAUAUGCUGAUAAGUGGGGGGUGUGAUAGCUUUAAAAAUAAUCAUCCCCUAGACAUAAAACGUGCCAAACACACGUCACAUUUCCCCACCUGUCACAUUUUGGCGAGCCCGUCCUGGAUUUAACCCAUUAGUACAGCAGGCACGAACAGGCAGCAAUAACUAAAUUCCAUAUCAAUAUUUUUUUUUCUCUAAAAAUAUUUAUAAGUAUCAUCACUUCGCAUUAUCAAGAGUGUCACUUCUGUCAUAUUUUUAUAUUAUCAUUACAACUGUAUUUAAUUUGUAAUAUUUCAUUGCAGGAAUUUUGUGAUUAACGUAGGCAGACACCACAUUCCCCUUUUUACUUUUUCUUACAUUCAGCGGCUCCUUUCUACAAUUUACCUCUCACUAUCUUCCACCUCAUCCUCUUCCUAAUCCAGCCUCUAUGACCAUGGACUUAGCGGAAUUAGCUUCCGAUUUCGAGGCUGAAGGAAUAUUAUUGGGAUUUGAAGGUCUCGAGUUAGAAGACUACGUACGAAGACAGAUUGAAAGGGCACAAAGAAUGGAAGAAUUGCACAAAGCCCAUGAACUAAAAAUGAAUGCGAUUAGGCAGGAAAUACUAGAAAUCAGACAGCGCUAUAGACCGCAGAAUUUGGAGCUGAACAGCACACCCGCAAGACAAGACCAGGAAGCAGAGGAGAGUGGAAUCAUGACUCAUGUCGAAACAGAGCACACCGCCCCAUCAGACACAGACGUUGCUAAUAAAGGUGAAACUACCACACCUGAUGCCCCUUCUCUCGACCAGUCCACCUUGUCUACCCAGCCCAACCCUCCAGCUCAGUCUAAUAGUUCUGCAAACUGCGACGCUCCAUUCCAGCCCCUGCCCUCAAGCAAAUCCCAACAUAGAAAGGCACCAGCCCAACAACCAGCCUUGCACAAAAACUGCCACUACCCAGCACGUAAGCCUCGUCAUGACCAGAACAACCAAGCCCACCGUGACUGCAACGACAGCAUGCGUAGCCACAAACCCAACCGCCAAAAGCAGCAGGCCUCACAGCGCAUUUCAGUAAUGACCGCGGUCCCCAAACCCUCUGUGUCUAAUCAGCAAACACGUACUGAUAGAACAGCGGGCGACCCAUACGUCAUAUCAAUACUGACUGUGGCCCCUGAACACACUGCUCUUGGUCCAACGAAAACGGGAGUCCUACCGGCACUUCCUCACCCUGUCUCAUCUUCCCCUGGGAUAGAGACCAUUCUGGUUAACGGGCGGUACGUCCGGUCCUUAUUUGACACAGGCUGUGCGAGUCCACGUAGAAUGCAAGUACGUGCAUGGCACCAUUGA